AUGCAGCAAGCAAAUAAUGUGGCUAUGGAAACCCCUGAUAUCACUCUGAUCCAGAGGACAUGGAAGCAAAUCAAUAUGCAAGUUGGAGAGAAGGGUUAUCUCUAUAGCAAAGCAGCAAAUCUGGACGAGUCCCAUUUCAAGGUUCCAUGGACAUGUUCAUACUUUUAUUGGAUGAGUGGGUUCUAA